ACGAAGCUCGUGACGCGCACGUCUUCCUGUUUCCUUCAGCCGCAUCUUAAAGUGAAUCUUAGUGGCGGAGGAGCGCUCCAGCAUCCAGUCCUCUGCAUCCAGUGCGCCUCAGAGACGCACACACGCAGUCUCUCUCUCUCUCUCUCUCCCUCUCUUUCUCUCUUGCACUCUCUAUGUCUCUCACUCUUCUAGUCACAGCAGAGGAUAGCGAGAGAGACCGACGCGCAAGACCUCUUUUCAUCUUCUAAUUUUUCCUGUUUUGUUCCUUUUGCGCGUGUCGCUGACCUUAUUCCAGCUCUUCCUUCUCUGAGAAUUUUUCAUAGUAUUCCAACAAACCAGCAAUCCGCUGUGUAAUUUCUCUCCUUUUUGUCACCGUAGGAGUUCAGGUUGUCCCCCUCUUCAUCUAAAGGGUAAGUAACCUUGUCCUCGGAUACCUCCCUCUCUCUUGUUCUGUUUCUGACUCGCCUGUGCGCGGUGGGCGGAAAAAAUAAACAAACCAAACAUCAUUAACGCGUAAAUUUACUCCGGUGAUCAGCAGCUAAUCAUAUCUAUGCGACAAUUAUUUGCUCUGUUUCGCUCCCCUCAUCUGGAUGUGUGCUGAAGAGUUGCGUGAGCAGCCAGUGUUUUCGCGAGGAUGAUUUGCGGACUGUAGCCCAACCUUCCUCAUCAAAGCGGAGAUCAAGUUGAUUUGAAACUUUGUGAAGUAAGUUUGGGAGGCGAGUGUGUUUUUCUUUUUCCCUUUUCAGCAAAGAGGACAGUAGAUUUAGACAUGCGUUGAUUUUGGAGUAAAACUGAGGUUUAUCCCUCUUUUGAUUUGACCUUUUAUUGUCUUUGUCCUGGAGGCUAGGUCUUCUUUCAACACCUCAAACAAAACUUCUUAUUCAGGAAGCGAAGGGGAUUGUGUUUGGAGUCUGUUGUGUACAGCGGUACUUUGGCCAAAUUGUGCUGAAAUGCUGCCGGCUCAUCGCUGUGUGUGUGUCAAGUGUGAGCAACUCAGGCUCUCAGGUAUGGAAAUAUUGUCUACCUCAGUCCCCGAAGUGUGCCAGACAGAGCCAGAUUAAAGUGUAGUGUUGUUGCACUUUCAGUUUUACCUUUAACAGAAUUUCAAUCAAGUUUGGACCAAGUUUCUAACCUGAACUUCAGCUUGUUAUUUUUGACUCGUUUUAUACUUGGAGGUUUCAGGGUAAAAGAAAGUUCUCCUAUCUGGUACAGAGGUGUAAAAUUUAUAUAUCAAGCCAUAAAAGUUUGAGUUGUGUGUACAUCUAUGACUAGUUGUUGUAUGUGUGGUUCAUAGCUUGAGAUUGUUGGAAGCUGUUUUUAAAACAGAGAGAGCAUGGGCAAUAGAAAACAGGUGCGAUUUCAGAAAAGACAGGUGCUGGUGACUAUUUCAAGCUCAUUGUUAGGAUCCUGAGGCGAUCAAGUCAAGUAUUUUUCUAGGAGAUAUAUCACCUCUUGUUUGAACUGCUGAUAUGGCUGUCAAGACUUGGACUAAAGCCAUUUUUCAAAGAGCUGCAGUUUAGAGCACUGCUGGGAAAGGGAUGCUUUACGAGAAAAAAACAAUAUUCACAUCAGUCUAUUCUUAUCAGCAAAUUUGUACUUGUACAGGUUUAUCUUGCGAAUAAGGUAAAUAUUCAGGGAAAAAAACCAACUUACGCCACUGGUGUGGUGCACCACACACCACAUUACAUAUCACAAAAGCCAAAAGUAAAGUUUCGUGUGCGCGUGUCUGACUGUGUGUGUAGUGUGAGAGUGUUUUCCAGACUGUUUGAAAAGAUAGAUGCCAGUCUUUUAAAAGUGUUUUCACACGCCAUUCUUAAAAUGAAGAUGUUAGUUAUUUCAAUCAAAGAUUACUUUUUUUUUUUUUUUUAAAGGACAUUCUCUUUUAUCUGAAGAAAGUUUAUUACACCCAAGACACAGAAGCGGAGCCUCAGCUAUACAUUUGCCUUGUCUCUAAAUCUAAAUGCGACUAUUUUGUACGAGGAACAAAUGUAAAAAAUGAGUAGCAUUUUAAACAAAAUUAAAUGUUCAAAAUAUUUGUAAAAUAUAUAAUUGGAGAUAUGAUAAUAUUUUAUUUUGAAUUUUGAAUUUUUUUGACUGGAUUUUAAAUACAGGUGUUUUCCUUCGAAAUGUGUAAAUGAAAACGUAAACUGUCACAUCACUCCUUUAUUUAUUCUGCUCUGAAAACAUUGUCAUAUCUACAUUUUACUCUCAUAACAAAAAUUUUUUUUUACGUACUUUGGCCGGUCAAACUGCCUCUGAUGACUACUGCAUCCGAGAUUUGAUGCAGCUGAUUCGACUCUGACUAAGAUACUGCCACUGCUGCUGCUGCUUACAUAGCAUUCUUGAUGCAGGCCUGUUCUGACAAAACGUUUUGCUUUCAGAGAGGCAUUAGGGUUUUUGUAUGAGUGCUUUAAGUUGCUCCUUGCCAGAGUUGACCCUUGCGACCUAUUCAUUUGAGCAGAAUUAACUGCCCUUGCCAGAUGAAAAGACAAACAAAAAACACAGAAGUGAGCUCACGCUGGCACCAAAAUCAAUAGGCCUAUUUUGUGUUUCUUUUAUGUGUCACCCUCCUCAUUGCUUAAUAUACGACAGUCAUGUAGAUUAAUGUGAAUGUAAGUUUUGUGAUUUAAAAUUGCACACUUUUUUAAGUAUUCAAAUGUUUUCUUAAACUUGUGCAACUAUUGCUCACUUUAUUAGGUUUCAUGCAUAUAAGUACAUGAAGUGUGUAUAAGAACAAGAGCUGUUUGCAAUUCCUCUCCUUGUUUGCUCGAAAUUUAAGAUACUCUUAACCCUGUUUCUUUUAAUUUUAUUUUGUUAGUUAAUAGCUCAUAUGUUGGCUCACACCACAAAUAUGGAAAUGAGGACAAGUACUUAAGUAAUUAUCAUAAUUUUAUGCAGCUUUGUGUUCCGUGGGAACUGGUUCAGUGUCGCGCGGCAUGUAACAGGGGACAGGAUCAAAUCUAGGACUUUGCCCUGGAAUGUCGAGCCAAAGCCUAAUUCUGACCCCAUCUUACACGUUCAUUUUUCCGCGUUGUCUUAAAACAAUGUAAUAAAUGUCCCUUUUUGUUUGGAGGCACACAAGAAGGGAAUGUUUGAUUUGUUUCAACAAAAAUCUGAAAUUUAAUCCAUAAUUUGAGCAAAUGUAUUUCUUAAGAGGUCGAUGGAUUAGAUUUUUUUCAGUUAACGGAAAACUUUCAAGCUCUUCUUUUCAAUGUGAUUCAGUUUUAUAAUUUAAGUAUUUAACGACAUGUCCAGCCUGAGUGUGUGUGACUUUGACUAAAAAUAUUUCCUGCCUUUGAGAGUCACGCAUUUGUGAAUUUUGCCAACAGGUACUUGGAGGCUUUGAUCCUAGAGGACUGGGUUUGUGGGAUAUGGCCCAAUAGCAGCAGCCCGUGAUGCCGGACCAUGACAGCGACUCCCUCCUGAACAGACAGACCAAGCGAAGACGUGUGGACAUUGGUGUUAAGAGGACCGUGGGCAGCACAGCCUCAACAGCAGCAGCAGCCACAACAACCACUGAUAACAUUGCCCGCGCCAAAGCAGCCAUUUUCAGUGCCAUGAACUCUCUGAGCUCCCACUCUCAGCACGGAUCAGACACCGACUCCAUGGAGUGCUCUGUUGUGCAGCCACAUGGUGGGCCUGGCGUUGUAUCAGCCAGCGACAGUGAGUCCAAGUCCAAUGUACUCCGAAAGCUACUGAAGAGGGCCAACUCAUACGAGGACACCAUGAUGCCCUUCCCUGGUACCACAAUUAUCUCCCAGCUUCUCAAGAAUAACAUGGCUAAAAAUGGAGGAGGACCUGAGAGGGGAGACAGAGGAGACAGGGGUGAUCGAGGGGAUGCUGGUUUCCCUGGAUCAGGGCUCUCUAAUGCAAGUUCAGAUGCUCCCCAGGAAGAUGCUUGUAGUAACUCUUCCCAGGACAGCACUCCUCAAGAAUGCUUGUCACCAUUUGGUCGUCCACCUGGCCUAGCCGCCUUUGACAUUGAACGUCUCAAUGAUGAACACCUGCGUGCCAAGCGAGCCAGGGUAGAGAACAUUAUACGUGGUAUGAGCCACUCACCCAGUGUAGUGGUACCAGCAGCUUCACGUCAUGAGCGUGACCAUGAUAUGGAUGGAGAAAGGGAGAUGGAGCUAGACUGUCCACCCCCUCAGUCUCAGCAGCAGGCCCCAAGCAGCCCACGGGGAGGCGAGGUGUGCAGCAGUAGCAGUCGGGAGAACAAACGCAAGCAGCGUCUGCCUCAGCAGCAACAGCAGAGCUUCACCCAGCUGGUGUGUCAGAGAAAGGAACAGAAGCAGGAGGAGCGACGCCAACUGAAACUUCAGCUAGAAGACAUGCAAAAGCAGCUACGUCAGCUGCAGGAGAAGUUCUUUCAGAUUUACGACUCAACUGAUGACUCUGAACACAACGACCUCCACAAUGACCUUCACAAUGACAUAGGAAACAUGUCGGAGGACAGCCCGACCAGGUCUGACACAGGCGGUGAUGACCGGGGUGGAGAUGACUUGCGCUCCGACAAUGAGAUGUCUGAUCUGGACCCCGGCCAUUUCCUGGACAGGGCAAGGGCAUUACUUCAGGAGCAAGCCCUGCUGGCAGAUGGGGAGAAGCCAAGAAGAGAAGGGCUUGGCCGGAGCAAAGGACAGGGAGGUCCAGGCUCCUCCAUGCAUGCUGAAGGUAAACAGCUGGCAGAGACACUGAAGCAGGAACUCAAUUCAGCCAUGACCCAGGUCGUGGACACAGUGGUUAAGGUGUUUGCCAAGCCUCCUCGCCCUACACCCCAGCAGGCCUUCCCCCCCUUGUCCAUACCUCCAGAAAGAUUUCCCACUGUUGUCAAUGGAGACAACCCCAAUUUCCACACCGCCAACCAGAGGCUGCAGUGCUUCGGUGAUGUCAUCAUUCCCAAUCCACUAGACUCCUUUGCCAGCAUGCCAGGGAUGCCAGACGCCACCAAUGACCAAACCGAGGCAUUACCCUUAGUUGUGAGAAAGACACCCAGUGAGCACCAUCACCAGUCCUCAGCUGUGGGCGCCCACGGCGGACACCACCACCCAGCUCUUCACCCCUCCUCGCUCUCUGCCUCCAUGGGCUUCAGCCCACCGUCUUUUAGACACCCAUUUCCACUGCCUCUAAUGGGCUACCCUUUCCAGAGUCCCCUAGGUGCACCUACAGGUGGCUACCUAGGAAAGGACCGCUCCUCACCAGACUCCAUGGACCUGUCCCGGGAAACCACCAGCCUCAGAACCAAGAUGGCAUCAGGCCACCACCUGGGGCACCACCACCAUCGUUCUCUUUCACCAGCACACCCUGGCAGCACAGCUGAGGGACUCUCCCUGUCUCUCAUCAAGUCCGAGUGCGGUGACCUCCAGGACAUGGCUGACAUCUCACCCUACUCAGGCAGCAAUGUAUCCUUUAAAAAAUCUUUGUGGUGUGUGAAAGUGUGUGUUUCUGUGUCUUUAAAAAGCAUAACUUGAAGGUAAAUACAUUGACUUGGCUGUUUCAACUCUGCUUAGUCUCAUUUAGACCGGCUCAAGCCUGGAAAAAUCUGGUAUCAGGUGGUCAGGAUGUUAGAGGCAGGUGAGCAACAGUGCAUCUGAACCACAGAGUUAAAAAUCAAAUCUUUUUUUUCUUUUCCGCCUGUUAUAAACUAGCCUAAGAAUCUGAGAAAUUGUUGAUGAAUCACUUUUCCUCCCACUGCUGUUCUCUUCUCCAUUGUACUGCAUUGUUGUAUUUAUUUUUACACUCAUACCUCUUCCUUCUCACAGUACCGAGCAGCCUUUUCUUCCAUCUUCAAUCCUAAGUGCCUUAAAAGCCUUCUUGUCACAUAUCACUUACUCACAAAGAUUAGGUCUCCGCGACAUUUACUGCCCCAAUUCCUUUUUUAAAAAAAUGGCCUCAAAGAACAAAGAGGGAGAUAACAUCCUGAAACUUGGCACACAAUGGUGUUAUAUAGCUUCCCUUAUAGGUUAACCCCAGUGUGCCCCAAUCAUACCCUACAUAUAGAGAGGCUUUCCCCUAAGGGAGGCUCAAAUUGGACCCCUGGAGACUCGGGACUAAUAGCUUAAACAGAUACAUUCAGUCCCUUCUCUGUUUCCCUUUUACCUCCUUAGCCUGUAAGUAUUCGACACCCCUUAACCCUUAUAAAAGUUUGAUUCAUGCAACAAUGCUUGUCCUUUAAAGUGUUGUCUUCAGGUCAUUAACAUUUGUAACUUUAUGAAGAAAUUAGUCCAACAGCUGUUCUGCAUCUAUCUGUUUUAAAAAAAAGUGUGUUCACCACUUUAGAUGCAGGUUUUGUUUCUUCUUUUUACCUGAGUGCCUUGCCUGUUUCAAGUGUGUGUCAGUGUGUGUGUGUGCCAGUGUGUGUCAGUGUCUUUUGUGUGUGUGUGCGUGUCACAAAAGGUUCGCCUGAGGACUCGGUAAAGAUGUAUAUUUAUGAUUGCUUGUGUUUUCUCUUGUGUUCCUCUUAUCAUCCAUCGCUGUUGAAAAAAGCCCACAAUCAUUGUCGUUUCUUUUCUCUUUUUUUCAUUUCAUAAAGAUCUGUCAACAGCCCGGGGGGCCCUUCGGCUGUUGCUUGGCAGCCAAAUACUUCUUUUUUUGUUUUCCCUCCCUGCACCCCCCUCCCCCCUAUCUUUUCUUUGAAGCGGACGUUAACAGGUGUUUGCAGCGAGCUGUUUAUCUUUCAUUACCUCGCCUUGUCUUGUCUUCUGACCCAAGGGUGAACGCUUUCCAGAGAUCCAUAAUCCUUUGCUUCUACGGGCUCCCGAUGGAGGGAUGAAAAGAGAAAAGGGAGAGAGAGACGCACAGAGACAGAGAGAAAGUAGAAAACAAUCAAACAAUAACCACAUAUGCCAGAUGCUGUGGCUUUCAUAGUAGCAUUUAUAAAUUCAGGGCAUCAACAGAUGUACCCCCCUAAAUGAAAAGAAAAGGAGAAGCAUGUCAACAUAGAUUUAAUUUUUUGAUCUUGUUCUUUUGAUUUCUAUCUACAGGUUCAGAAACAAAGUUUGGCAUUUACAAGAUACAGUUUUAUAAUUUUUUUAAAUGACCUUCACGCACUCGUGUUCACUCUGCUUUACAGCCGGUUCCUCAGAUGUAGAUAAUUUUGAUGUUCGAAUAGUUUGUUUUCCGUAGCGUCAGAAGCCAGAGGCAGCUUGUCGGACAUUUUGCAAGGAGCGUUCAAGUUCACCAGCUUUCAGCGAUGUUACAGAGCAGAUGGCCGCUAUUAAUUUCCCCAUUUGUUCUCAGACUGACUCCAAAUAUUCUUGUCCUUACACCUGGAAUUAGGAAGUGGUGCAGCUAUUUUCCUCUCAUGACUUUGGGCUUUGGGGAAGUGUUGUUAGAAUGAUGAUGUCUUGUCAGAUGUGGCAGGCGAACACUGGGCCAGCUGGUAUGAGUGCACCAUCAUGACAAAAUAAUAGCCUUGCACGUCACCCCUAAGUCCAAUCACAAUUACAUUUGCAAGCUGUGAGUGAAUUGGAGAUGAAAAUGCCUCAUCAGGAGAUAUGAGGCUUCUUAAUUGUCGUCUGAAGGGAGGUGAUACUGUGUUUAUGGCUGGAGUGGUAAAAAAAAAAAAAAAAAACAGGACAUCUUUGUAUCUUUACAAUAAUUUCUAAUUUCUUUGUUCAGAGUAAAACAAUGCUAAUCUGAAAUGGAAAAAGCAAAAACAAAUAAAUCCAAAGUAAGGUGCAGAGAUUUCAAAUAAUUCCACCUUUUCUUUGCUUGAAAAAGAUCUCUCCCUCUCUCUCCCUCACUCUCUCUCUGUCUGAGCAUCCAUUGUAUCCCCUCCACUUGGAGCAGAUGGUGUGGUGUGGAGAGUGAAGUGCUGCUCUUUUGGCCAGGCCUGACAGAGUAACACCAGUCUGCCAGGGUUUCCCCCACAAGACCCUCGCUGCGUAUACAACCAACUCUCCCUCUCUCUCUCUCCCUCUCUCCCUGAAUCAGACAAAGUAGACAGGGUCUUUAAGGAGCCAGCCCAGUGUGGUUCAGCAUUUGCUGGCUUUGCUGUGUAACCCUGAGGCCAAGGGCAAUCCAAUCUAACAGCUGAUGCCUUCUUCCCGCUCUAUAGUUACAGCUACAUCUGGACACUUGACUGAUUUUAAUGAUCACAGUCACCCCUGUAGAUCAUAAAUAAUGACAAAGGGAUGUAAUUUGUGUGCUCGAGUGUAAAUAGUCUUCAUGAAAACUUAAGCUUGUAUCUUCUGUGUAAUUUAAAGUCCUGUCUUGCAUGUGCACGAUGGAAACCCUUGUUGAAACAGCCUGAGGUUUUAACAUGCUGCCUGCCCCCCAUCCCCAUUCCCCUUUUCAAUGUCUUAUCCUCCAGACUGAUAUUAUCAGAUGCAUUAUACGGCUGUUAAUUCACCAUGGAAAUGGCUUGGGCCGUUCGGUGGCGCAGAUGUGUUUCAGUCCCCCCCAUUGCUGGCUGUGUCCAAAGCCUCAGAGCCCCUCUUCUCCUCCUUCUUUUUGCUCCUCCAAGGGUUUGGCAGCAGCAGAGAGGCUGGGGGGCAGGGGUGGAGCAGAGGGAGGAGGAGGGGGGAUGUAAUUGAAGGUUGGAACCACACUAUCCCUCAAGGUGCCCCCACCAGCCCAUCUCCUUCCUCACUGCUGUUCAAUCCAGGCGAUCCAUUAGGAAGACAAGGCCUCUGACAUGUAGUUUUGAAUAUGGCCUGUGUGUGGAUGUGAGAAGGUUUUUCGUGUUGCUUGAGCCAGUGUUUGGUCCCAUCUCCUGGACCUUGUUUUGUCACUGAUAUGAAGCCAACUUCAGACAGUCAUAUUCAGGCUUGGCAUGUGUUGUCGCCAAGCCAUUAGGCCUUCUUGCCUGUCACUGGCGUUAACUGCUGUCUUUGUCUGUGAUAUGCAAAUGUCUCCUUUUUUCUUCCUCCUUUUUUUUGGUGGAGGUUAGCACAGGGUGUAGGCAAAGGCGUUUGCUUACUUUGACUGUGAAAUGAGUCUCCUUAUGUAAAAGCAUCGGCUGUCGUGCUGGCCAGCAUUUUAUUAAGCGUGACGCUGUCACACCUGAUAUUAAAAUUUGGUUACCCAUCAUCCAAGGGAUUAAUUCUAGACAAACUUUAUGCCAAUUGUUAUCAAACACAUCUCAUAUUGUAUCCUCCAGUAAGCUACUAAUUUCCUUAAUCCCAGUUUUGUUCAGAUCCAAGAGGGUCUCUCUCCAAAUCAUCUGAAGAAAGCCAAGCUCAUGUUUUUCUACACCCGCUACCCAAGCUCUAAUAUGCUCAAGAUGUUCUUCUCUGAUGUCAAGGUAAGUCAAAGCCCACUCUUCUUCUGUCAGACCUUUGUUUGUAACCUUUACUAACAUUUUUAGUUUAGAAACACUAUGAUUGUCUCUGUGUAGUCAUCACUAGAGUUGUUUUGAUCAACACUAAAAGUGGGUUUUGGUGAGUGUGCCUGUCGAUGUACAGUUUUCAUACCAAAACGAAAACACUUUCACAGUUUAAUUUAAGGAGGAAACUUGUCAUUUGCAAAUAUUCACGUCUAAAAAAAAAACAGAAUAAAAAAUGCACAGAAGAUGCAAAGCAACUCUAGUUGUCACUUGUUUUCUGAACAAUACUGUACAAAUUGAAAGCAGCCAACUGCCUGCUCUUUCUUUCCUUCACAUUUGUGACUUGGACACUUGGAACAGCACCUGUUUUAAAAGGGGAAGUUUAUUAUUUGUGAUGUACAAGCUUCAGUUGGCAUGAACACUGCAUCCUUGUCUGUCUCCAAACGAGGCCCCUUCUCUCACCAAGUUAUGGUUUUAUGCAAAAGAUGAAAGAAGAGGAAGUUGAAUGGGUUUACAUGAGGGAGCUAGAGAGCCUAUGAGUAUUCUAAAGAUAAAGAGCGGGAUGAGUAAUGGAGGGGUGGAGAGGGCAGCGAGGAGGAUGGAGCCUAGAGACGGAGGAGUGGUUAUCCGAGCAGGUGUAGGGAGGAUGGUUGGACGGAGAGAGGGUGGGGAGAAGAAGAGAAAGAGUCUGGAAAAUGGCGAGGAUGAGCAUUGGAUCCACGGAGAGUUUAAUGAAGGAAGUUUGGAGAACAAAGCCCAAUAUAUAAAGUACACAAAAAACAAGCACAACAACACAAUGGCUGUUGUGCGUCUGAGUUUGUUCGUUGUGUUUUUUUCUUUGUUGUGUGUGCCCCUCUCGGACCGUGCGAAGGGGGGAAACACUCUGACAUAUCCAGGCCAUCUAAUUCAAAUUAGGAGAUAAAGGUCCUCUUUUUUCUCCAGCUGCCCUCUCUUGGAUGCUUUUGCCUCUAAACAUGGCUGUAGGUCACAUGAUAUUUUUCUCAGUCCGUGAUUGGUCAGGUUGAAAACUCUGCAAAGACAAAUUUGUUCCAAAACUCUUCAAUAUAUUUAAGCAAACUAUAUUGAUGCUAUUUGCUGUCAAACAACAGCAACACUGAUGACCAUUUUAGACUCGAACCACUUCAUUUGACUGACUAAUCAUUACCAAGUAGGUGGCCCCUCUCCAUGAAUAGCCUCAUCAGAUACUUAAACAAGGUCAAGAUAGUUAGGGGGAUUAUGAGUCACAUUGGUUUGUUUUUGUUUUCAGCAGAGGACAAUGGACUCUAGCUUUCACUUGGUAGACAUGUAUGGGAAUGAGACUGACUAUUUAAUGAGAUUCAACAAGCGAGGCCUCUUCGCAAGCAGCCGUCCUCAGACUUAAGUCUUGAAGGCUAAUCAGGUCUCGACUAAUCAGGUCUUGACUGUCAAGGACCUAAUGAACGUGGGAAGUGGGUUGCCCUUACAACCGGAGGGACGCUGAAGCUGUUGUUCUCCUUGACUAAGCUCCUUUUAAGACGACUAUGACUUUUUUGUGACUUUUGCGACAUGUUUUGACAGAUGGGUCAUAAUACUAUUGUUGAUGCCGCUAAUGACCGCCCAUAGUAUCAUCCCACUAUCUUCAAGGCAUCUCAUUAUCAGUGUAGAUAUUGUUUUAAUGAGGGGUGAAUAAUUAUGAUAGAUUAAAGAAAAGAUUGAAAAAAUAUUCAGUCAAUUAAUGAAGGCGGCUUAAGUUCCUGCCUUUGCCAAGAAAAGGUUAUGAUGGAUGUGAGUUAUUCGUAUCCGCUUUUAGACUUUCAUUUUUCUUGAGUUUGUGAGUGAACUCGAUCUUUGUCAAACACACCUUGCUGUCUUUGUCCAUCAGGGGCUCUUUAAAUAUUUGGACCAGACAUGUGCUGUGCUGUAACAAAGGUCAGGAGGGUUUUCCCCUUCUCUAUAUGUCAUUCCUUCUCCUUUCUUUUUUUUCGCUGAUGGUAGUGGUGGUGGCAUGGUAUGUGUGCCCUCGGCGGGGCCGGGGAGAAAGAAAAGCCAGCCGCUGGAUUUGAGUCACCGCAGUAACAAAAGCCCGCUUUCCAGGGCCGCUUUUUGUGUGCAGUCAGCCAAUAGGCAGCCGGAGAUUAUCUCCCACAAUUCACCCCUGCGAAAACAGGAAACGUUGGAAAGCCCUGAUGACUGUAAAGGGGCUUACGAGUGAGAGCGAGAGAGAGAGAGUGAGAGUGAGAGUGAGAGAGAGAGAGAGGGUGAAAGAGAAAGAGAGUGAGGCCCAUACAGGCUUCUCAGUCUUUCUGCUCUCCUCUGGUUGUUCUAGAUGUAGCUUAGCUCUGUGAGGUCAUCUGUGUGCUUUCUGCUCGAUUGUUGACCACUGUGUCAGAGACAGAGCUGGCCAGAGACACACUUUUGGUCAAGAAUGAUCUCUGAAGUUUACCUUCAAACAGUAUUACAUAUAAAAAGAUGCGAAUGUUUGUGCAAAGUUUUGACUGACAGUCGAAACGUUCAUCAUACUUUUGGCAGGCGAGUGAUAUACUGGAGUUAAGGCCAAGGAUACUUGAGUGUUUUCCUAUUCUGGACUUCAGUAUGCGCCUGUGCAUGAGCAGAACAUAUGCGUGUGUGUUAUGUGUGUGCGUGUUUGUGUGUGUGUGCGUGCGUGCGUGCGCAACCUUCUAUCUUACACUGUUAGCACUAAGCGCUGACCUUUCACAGGCUCUUGAGUGUGAGUGUGAGAAACACGCUCUUGCUGUCGCUCUCUCAUCUGCCUCUCAGCCUGAUGCGCGCACACACACACGCAAACACGCAUACGAAUUUACACACACACCGACGCUCUUCAACCACAUACAUUGACUCAAACAUGCACACUUAGACACACAAGGACACACAUUUUCCUCCCUGCAUCUCAUGUCUGUGCUGGCUGACCCCUGCCAGCUCUGAUUAAGGAGCUGCAGUGAUGUGCUCCUUUGAACCCACUCCCUCCUUUUACACUGAACACACUCGUCCUUAGCUGCUAUCAGGGGUCCUCUAUGCCCCCCCACCAGCAACCUAAUGAACCGAGACUGCUGGAAACUGCAGGGGGAUGUGCCAAAAUUGAGACCCUGAGUGAGUUGGGAGCAGUUGCAAUAUAAUUUACUGUAUUUACCGGCUUAUAUAUUAAAUAUCGGAUCUUUUAUGCGCUUUCUCUGCUGUAAUUGAGCUGCAGUUCAGUUCACUUUUACAGGAACUAAUACAUCUUCUCCUGAGCCGCUGGUAUAAUAAAGUAAUCCUUGUCCAAAGUGACAAAUCUACCCGUCACUCGGCUGCAGUGACACCAAAGGUCUCCUGCAUGAGCGAUGGUAACUCUUUCACUGCCUUUAAUCUAAGAAUGCGGCGUUCAAUCUUGCACACGCUCAGAGGCCUGUGUACAUCAACGCCAACUCUGCAAAGUCUUCCAACCAGGAUCAGUGAGUCUUGUACUGAUCUAAGGUGGACAUGACGGCGGCAACUUGACUAAAUAGGUGUUUUUGUGGCCUGUCACACUCCUACUGUCUGCCUCAUUGUGUGUGUUUAAGAAUAGCCCUGUGCAGCCGCUGUAUUUGUAAGUGUCAGUAGUUUGUUUGUUUGACACUCAGAUGUCACGACCCCAGCUUGCUGACUGCUCACGUUCCAAACCCUCUUUGCCCCCCACCACUACCAGCGAAACACCAUUGUCCGACAGCACUGACCUGCACCCGUCCUCCUCUCCUCCCUCCCUCCCUUUCCCUCCCUCCCUUUCCCCAUUUAUGCUCACCCUGCACUUUACGACGGCCACCACACCACCCCUCCUCCUCCCAAAAACCCCUGCCAAACAAUGUCAAGCGGUCUUAUUCUUUUUCCACUCCACCAUUAUGUCAUCUAGGGAUCAUUCCAGAAAGAGGUGGCCUUCUCCUCGGGUCCAACUUUUGAGCCUCUUUCGCCCGUGAUACGCCAACUUUUCUGCCUGUCCCCUCGGCCUGGCCGUCACAUCUUCGUGCGCUUCUUGCGUGUUUAUUUGACUGCCAUCCCAGAUCGUGGAGAGUGCGUGUGCGUGUUUGUGUGUGCUUGUGUGUGUUGUCGAACAAUAGCCGGAGCCUAAUCUCCAUGUCAAAACCGCUCUGCCUCCCCAGCGAGCAGUCUGCUCAGCAUUUAGUAGCGUUUUGUCCCCCCAUUCUUCGAGCGCCACAAAAAGAGCAGAGGGGAGGGAGUGACGGCCUGCAUGUAUGUGUGCUGAUGUGUGCGCGUACGAAGGGUGUGGGUGAUGUUUGCGGUAUCAGGCGUUUCAUAGGCUAGAAUUUAUUAGAUGUCAUAUCAAGAGGUCACCGAAGAGGAACGGUGUUGUUUAUAUGUUUUUUAGGGUUUGAUUAAGACUUCCAGUGGGGGGUUUUUAAGGGUGACUGGGCAAGGCUAGUCCUUAUCUAGUCUUUUGGAUGUUUAGACAGUUUGUUUUCACUGCUGAAACCAGGCGGAAAAAGAGCCGGGACCUUGCAGAGCCUCUUAAUAGGUUUACCUCCUCCUAUUGAAUCCAGCCGAGCGGCACAGAUCAGAUAGCCACAGUCUUCUGUUAUCUCCCUCUUUCUCUUUCAUUCUCUUUUUUUUUUUUUUGCUCUUUUUCUUCUCCUUUCUUUCUGCCUGGGAGGUGCGAGGAGAGGGGAGGAGAAUCAGGGUGUAAUUGGUGAACGGGGUUAAGUACAUGUUUGAGCCCCCUGCGGGCCAGGGCGCUUCAGAUGAUGACUUAAUCGUUUUUCUGGUCAAUUAUGUGUUUGCGGUCUUGCACUACCCCCCUCCCUUCUUUCCACCUCUCGCUCCCUUUUUUCUACUCUCGGGGUUAUGACAGGGGGGAGGUCUGCUCCCAGUGGGGAAGAUGAACCACACACACACACAGACACACACACCCAUUUUCGCUUCUUGCUCCCUGUCUUACUUAAUGUCUUUAUUAUCAUCCCUCUCUCCUCGACUUGUGAUCUUCUGCUUUCGUCUUUCUUCUCUCCUCAUAAGUCUUUCAAGUUUUUCCCCCUCAUGUCUCGACUCCCCGAUGUGAAACUAAGCACUCUCAUCUUUACCCUUGCACUUAAAUCUAGUGUGAUAGUUUUUCUUUUUACACCAUGUGAAUUCAAUAUGUCGUAAGAUCUCACUUGAUAGUUUACUUGACACACUGAAGUCCUCUCUCUCUCUUUCUUAUUCCAGUUUAACCGCUGCAUAACCUCCCAGCUGAUCAAGUGGUUCAGCAACUUUCGAGAGUUCUACUACAUCCAGAUGGAGAAGUUCGCCCGCCAGGCCAUCAACGAUGGCAUCACUGGCACUGAGGAGUUGAGCGUCAGCCGUGACUGCGAGCUUUUCCGGGCUCUCAACAUGCACUACAACAAAGCCAAUGACUUUGAGGUAAACACCGUCUCUUUGAGUGACAUCAAACGCAGACAAAGUUUUAAAAAGCUGUAUGUCAGAGUCCAGAACGGAUGUGGCUCAUAUAGAAAAAAAAGAUGAAUUUCACCUGAUACUUGGGAAUGCAGGCAGAUAGUGUGACAUCGUCUCAUCUUGUCCUCUUUGACACCGCCUCAUUGCUGUGUUCAAGUGUCUGGUUAAUCCUGCUGCUCUCAGCACGCAAAAAUAUAUUUCCGAUGAUUUCAAGCACAGCCGUGAUUUUUAUGCUUUUAAAAAAUAAUGAGAAAAAAACCUAAUAGGACUUUAAGGGAAGAGGUGGAAUACAUUUUUUUACUUAGUAGGAACUCUUAUUCAAUGAGGAAGCUCAGUUACUGACACUUUGUGUCUCUUCCUCAGUGUUAAUUUCUCUUGUGUGAAGGUGUGUGAGUGUGAGUGUGUGUGUGUGUGUGUGAUUGGGUGGAACCACUUUUUACUUCCCUGUCCUCAUUUGCCUAUCCUUUGUGCUGAGAUGUUUAUGAGACCGUGUCUUCGAGUGUAUUGUUAUCAUAAAUUCUCGGCAGGCAAUUUCACUUUUAGGAUGUUUCUUUUUAUACACUUCUCCUUUUGCCACCGCCUGUGUGUGUCUGUGUGUGUGUGUGUGUGAAACCCUUCAGGAUCGCCAGUGCUCUCUCAAUGUCAGCUGACAAUAGACCUUUAAAAGGCUUGUGUUAAGAAGGACCUGGAGUGAUCUGGGUUCACUUGUGUGUGUGUGUGUGUGUGUGUGUGUCCAUGUUUGUGUGCACAAGUCUGAGUAUGUGUGUGUUUGUUCGAAGAUCGAAUCCAUGUGUGUGUGUGGGUGUUUUGUUGUUGCUGCAUUUCCCAGUGUCCUGUUCACCUCGAAGGGUACAGCCGUCCCUUGGACCGGCCUGGCAUGCUGGCAAAGCACUUCUCCAGUGUGUGUGUGUGUGUGUGUGAGUGUGUGUGUGUGUGCGUGUGUCACUUUGAGGGGGGAAAAAAUCUCACUGUUAUCAAGGUUAAGCGUCCCACUGUUUUAGUGAGAGGAAGGGGAGAGAAAGAGGGGGAGAGGGGGAAGAGGGAGAUGGAUAGAUAGGGGAUAGAGGGUGAGAGCUCAGAGACAAAGGAGAGAGCGAUGAAGGGAGGGAGGGGGGGAAUCAGGGGGAAUGGAAAGGGGAGAAAGAAGGGUAGAGAGAGAGAAAGAGAGAGGGGGAAAAGAGAGAUGAUGUGGAGGAAAGAAGUGCCCUUGCAAGCAGUGGGAGUUUUGUAGCGCUCACAUUUAAAGUGCUUCUCCCUAUUUCUCUCUGUUUAUCUCUCUCUCUGUCCGUUAUUUGUCCACUGGGGCUCCUCUGUGCGCACCCUAACACACACACACACACACACACACACACACACACACACACACUCAGACACACACUUCGCCACAUCCAUCUUCAGUCCUCUUAAGGGAGGUUUUAAAAGACUCUGGCAGGCAGAGGCACUCGUACAUAUGAGGUCUCAAUAAGCCCAAAGUCCAUCAGAGCAAAUAGCACAAAGAAAAAUGACACAAUGUUGUCUGUUCAGCAGCGAAGGGCGAAAGGGAAAAUGGACGCGUUUAGUGAGAAGUGAUCAUUUCAAAAAAAGAGCUUUAAGUUGCCUUUAACAUAUGCAAAUAACGCACCGCUAAGGUUUUAAUUAAAGCAGAUUGUGGUAAGGAAAAAUGAUGAAAUAAUGACACUGGUUUUGAGUUUGUUCUUAUCUAUAACAAUUAACUUUCUCUAUUUUUUAAUUUACUCUAAAAAAGAAAAGGAACUCUCAAAAAGCUUAGUGUCACAGGACUGAUUCAGACUGUGAAAAUCUAAGUGAAUGCUAAUUAAAAUAAAAACAUUAUUUUUUUAUUUUUUAUUAUUUUUCAAUACUUGGUGUCUUAUUUUCAAACGAGCUAUGAAAUUUGAUGUAUUAAACUGUUUCUGGCAGCUUGGCAAUAUCCCUGGAAUAUGUCUUACCCAGGGAAAGGUAUCAAAAUUGCCAAAAUGUCUCUAACGUUUACUCUUGAGAAGAAAUCAGAUUUUUUUUCUGCUCGAUAAAGAUUCUCGUCCCUGAAUAAGCAGUCGCGUAAACUGGCUCACCAGAAUCAAAUUUGUGAUACUAAGGUACAGAGUGCCUACUGCGAUUAGUACAUGACACAUUAUUUGCCAGUGUGCCAACAAGGUGGAUAUCAGCUGAUGUUGAACUGACAUAUCAAUAAAUCCAGCUAUAGUCGAUGGGUCUCAAAAGGGGAGACUUUGGAAUCAUGCUAAAAAUGAGAAUACGAUAAUACCAUGAGUUCUGUCACCCCAAUUGCCACACACAAUAAAUCUGAGAAGAUAAGAAGUGGUCCUUCUGAGGGAUGAUUUAACACUUUUAAAACUGACGUUUCAAGAUCUAUCAAAAAAUAAUGCUGUGUCCCCAGAGGGCAAAUUGGGUUGCAGGGAGAAAAAAAACACACAAGGCAUGAAGUUGGCUGCCAGUUGCUCCGUGCGCAUGUGCCCAGGACCUUUCGGCCACAGGGCUGGGGAUGUGGAUAAAUCAUGAAUUGAAACAUCAUUAGAAAUUACCUCGCCUUAAUUGCCUUUCUCAAUAUUUUAUGGUUACAGUGGUCAUGAGGUGAAAAAGUACUGAUAGUAUGACAGCCCUUAUUGCGAUUUGAUCCAACCCAUGCCAAGUUGUCCUUGGGCAAGGCACCUAACCUGAAACUGCCCCUGUUACUUGGCCAGUGGUGUGUGACCUAGUACCGACAGAGAUCACUUUGUUGUAGGGGUGGAAAUCACCAGUGGCCCCACGAUACGAUAUUAUCACAAUACUUGGUCCAUGAUACAAUAUUAUUACAUUUUUUUAACAUUUUGCAAUGCAGCAACUAUU